CAGCAGAGAGGGAGUAAAAAAGAGAGAGGUGUCAGGCCGUUGGAAAAAUAAAAACACAGGAGGUAGAACUAAUGAAAAUAAAUGUUACCUCGCGUUCUGAUCAUUAACUCUUGUCUCUAUGGAAGUAGAUCAAGCACUUCACUAACUUGGACCACUCUAAGUAUAGUACUUAUGACUUGGGAUGGCAUUUAGUUAUGUAACAAUGUAAUACAUUUAUUAGAAACUACACAUCAUUCCAAGUGACAGUGAGUGGGGAAAAAAUCUGUCGCCAGAACAAAGUUCACGAGGUCAAGAGUUGAAAGGUCAACACAAUGAACACGACUUCGCUCCUGUGGACAACCAGUGGGCCUGACACUGCCUCCCACCUCUCGUCCGGCUUAAUGAACUCCACGGCUGUAGCCGGGCCGGACAUGACUAUGGCGCUCCAGCUACACUACAUCAUGAGCGCCAUCGUGGGGCCCAUCCUCUGCAUCCUGGGAUUUAUUGGGAACUUGUUCUCCGUCGCCGUCUGGUGUCGCCCAAGCAUGAAAAGUUCAACUGCCCGCUACUUAACUGGACAGGCUUUAGCAGACAUUCUUGUGUUGCUGAUGUUUCUAGUCUGUGACUCUGCCCAGGCCUGGAGCCCAAACAUCAUCUAUUCCCUCUCCUAUGGGAUCUUUUUCUCCUACAUCGGGUACCCCACGCUGUUUUUCGCAGUGGUCCUCAGCGUGUGGAUAACGGUGGGGCUCACUGUGGAUAGAUACAUCAUGGUAUGCUGGAUCACCAGUUCAAAGAAAUACUGUAAUGAAAAGAGGGCGUAUCUCGGGCUGGCUCUUAUUACCAUCAACUCGUUUAUCAUCAACCUCCCCCACUUUGCCUCCUUUGUUCACGUCACCCCAGAGGAUACGCCCACGAACAGCAGCACCGAGCCCCAGCAGACCUUCAGGAUGACAGAGUUCGGAGGCGGCGCCGGGGGCCAGUUUUACGAGUUUUGGAUCCACUGCAUCAUCUUGAUUCUGAUUCCCUGGGUCUCAGUCUUGACCAUGAACAUUAUGAUUAUACGAAAGAUUGGUCAGUCCAACAAGAAAACUGCGGAUAGGAAGUCCAGGGACUCGGUGAAAAAAUGUCGACAAUCUGAGAACCAGAUAACACGUCUGCUGCUGACCGUGACCUUCGCCUUUCUCGUGUUCAUUGGAUUGCAGUGCAUCAUUCAGUGCUUUGAGAUGCAGAAACCAGAAUGGGCUGACAGAGCGCAAGUCUCAUCGGCCUUUGCUUUUGCCAAGACUGGGAUCGUAUUCAACUCGUCCUUGAACUUUGUCUUCUACUGUCUGUCUGGUAGAAGGUUCCGCAAGGAGUUCCUACGACUGUUCGGACUGGUCAAGAAAGAUGCACACUCUUCAAGCAAUGAAGAUCGCACAAGAUCGUCAACAAAACGAUCUACUUCCAGCACAGGGAUGUAAAAAACGCAUUAUGGGAUUGUGUUUGAAAGUGAUUCAAAUUAAGUACUAUAGAUUUUUUUAUGACUAAACCAGUGGGGGGCAAUCCAUUGUUUUAUCUUAAGGCCAUAUACAUUUCCAACACGUGAGUUAUAGAUCGUAUCACCAUAAAAAUUAAUCUUUGUGUCCAAGGAUACUGAGAUUCUUUGGCCUCUUCACGCACUGUGGGAAGGUGUUUCCGCAAACCUUAGUUUGGGCAUCACUGGUGUAAACCUUUUCUCACUGCUUGGUGAACGAUUUUUCACAUCCACUCAUGAAAUAAUUAAUUCUCAAAUUGGUAGUCGUUUCAGAAUAGGAUCGGAAACGUUCAAAGCUAUUACAUGUAAUCAUGGAACUAUACUAAUUAAUUAAUUCUCAAAUUGGUAGUCGUUUCAGAAUAGGAUCGGAAACGUUCAAAGCUAUUACAUGUAAUCAUGGAACUAUACUAAUUAAUUAAUUCUCAAAUUGGUAGUCGUUUCAGAAUAGGAUCGGAAACGUUCAAAGCUAUUACAUGUAAUCACGGAACUAUACUAAUUAAUUAAUUCUCAAAUUGGUAGUCGUUUCAGAAUAGGAUCGGAAACGUUCAAAGCUAUUACAUGUCAUGAAGUUCUCUGUCUCUCUUAGUUCAUCCGCACAGCGCCCGUGUUUCUUUUGUUUCCUCUGUAUAUUCCCUCCAAUGAUAGUAUGCUAUCCGUCUGGUUUUGUGGUAGGGGCUUUGGGCUGUUAUUACGAUGGUUCCGAUUUCAAGUCCUUCGUGCUGUCUUGUAGAAAGUUUGAGCUAGGACACAAAUCACUUUCACUCCUGAAUGAAAGUCUAAACUGAGAGUGUGCCAGUGUGUGUUAGUGUGUGUGUGUUAGAGUGAGUGCGAUUGUCACAUUGUCCAAGGGAGGAAAAUAGAAUAUACAUAGUUAGCUUGCUUCCCUUUGGAAAGCAAAUCAUCCGAACAUCUAUUUAAUACGAAGAGGGGAACACCAUGUGAUGGAGGUGACAGUGCAAGAGUGAAUGCUCUGUGUAAAGUACAACGUACAACAUAUGUUCCUAGACGUUAAAUACUUAUCACACUUUCUAACGUUGGGGCAUUUUCAUGUGCUAACGUUUUAAGUCAGUGAUGCCCAACCUAAUUCGACCGGCGGGCCAUUUUCGUUUCCGACACUCGUGUCGCGGGCCACAUGACCGAAAAGGUACAAAAAAAAAACAACGAAACGAAAUUGACCUGAAACAAUUUUAUUGGAUCUCUUUAAUGGAUAUUUGAAGUUGAUCUUUGUUUUUAGGUGUCGGAAAAUGAAUUCACGUCUCUACUUCAAAUGUGAAUAUCACUUAUCAUUGUAGCUAUUUUCCACCAUCUCAUUUUCUUGUCUCCAUUUGGUAAAUAUUCCCAUUGAUCCUACAAUCUCUAGGCGUAGUUUAACAAUCUUUUAUUCGCGGCUCAAAGCAAGAAUGUCGUCAUAUUUGUUUAUAUAGCCGUUCAUAGGUUUACCUUUUUUUAAACAACCGCACUUUCUUUACAAAUAAAAUAUUUAGGAUUAUUAUCAUUAUUAUCAUGGCGAGCCGGAUAGAACCACGUCGCGGGCCGGAUCUGGCCCGCUGGCCGUAAUUUGGGCAUCACUGUUUUAAGUAAUAUCUUAUAGGCCCAAUUAAACAUACGAAAUGUGUUAAGGGAGGCGAUCCAUGCUGCUAUCUAAGAAUCCCAUUAAAAAAGAUUGUAACAUAUACUCUGAUAUUUUAACUUAUAAUCUUUUAUUGAAAAAAAAAACAGUCAAAAGUUUGAAGAAUUUCCUUGCCAUCUUGUACAGUCUACAUCCUUUUGAGUUUAUCUGCAUUUAUAUUAUUGAUACUAUAUAUAAAAUGAUUGCUGUUGCUAAAUUUAUGAGACGUUGUUAUAUAGGGAGACGAGGCCAUUAUCUGUAAUCUCCAACCCAACGUGCAAUUUUUAAACAAUUGUGACAAAAGGUUUAUCAACGUAUCUAAGUCAUUGUCACGAUAAAAUUCACAACUAGACUGUUCAAUCAAUGUGACAGAGACUACAACAAGACUGUAUAAACAAUGUGACAGACUGCAGCCAAACUUUAAUCAUUGUGACAUGGACAACUAGACAGUCUAAUCAAUAUGAAAAUGAUUAAAACUAAACCAUUAUUUUAAAUGGAUUCAAGCUCAAGCUCUACAAAGGUCUUGAUUGUACUCUACACCAGAGUUCAUUUCACUUUGUCAUUGUAAAUAUUAUAUUUAGGUCAGACCUAAUUCAUGUGACCUAAUUUAUGUGCAUGAUGUUAUAAUUUACAGUUCAACAUUUUUUUCAUAUAUCUCCUGUAUCAUAUAAUUGUAUGUAUUUUUUGUGUAAUAAAAAUAUAAACAAGAUUCGAUAUUUGCAAUAAAAUUGUCAUGUAAUAUAAAAUAGUGUAGCAUCGUAUUUACUACUAUUUUUUUAAUGUCUUGUUUUGAUACAAAUCUUGAUCUAGUCAUUAUACUUUAUUAUGAAAAUGGAAAAUGUCUUCUAACAUUCGAUAUUUCAUAUUUGCAAUAAACAUUGUUAUUUUAGAUAUUA